GGGGGGUUGGGGGGCGAAUGGAUGAGGUCGGUUGUCGAGCUGGCGUCACAUAUUACGUCUGUGUGUUUUCCUGGUGGGCUGAGAGCUGGAUGAUGAUAAUGGGUUCAGCACCACGGGCAGCGUCAGGUUUAGCUCUUUGAUCAUCAUAUUUGUACAGUCUGAUUGUUUUUAACCACUUGUUCGGUUAUCGACCAACAUAGGCUGAAUUUUAUUAAUCCUCUUUCUAAAUCUGAAGGUUUAAUGUGUUACCAAGAGGACCUCAACCUGAAGAUAAGGAGACGUGUCAAAACGACAGGUGUGAAGGAUGACUUCAUGUUCAGAGAUCUGUGGGUCAGAAUAUGGUGAGCAAGCUCAAGCCCGUGGAAAAUGCCAGCAAUAUGGAGUCCGCUCCUACUUACACCAGUUUUAUGAGGAGUGCACAGGUUCUAUCUGGGAGCGUGAUGAAGAUUUUCAGAUUCAGAGAUCACCUAGCAGGUGGAGCUCUUUACUCUGGAAGGUCUGUCUCGCGUUUGGUACCCUGAUCUUAUUCACUGGCUUUGUUGUUGUUUUGGUGGGUUAUGCAACUCCAGCUAAGAUUGAGGCAUUUGGAGAAGAUGAUCUCCUCUUUGUUGACAGCCAUGCAGUCAGCUUCAACCGUGCGCUGGACGUUUGUAAACUGACCGGUGCUGUGCUGUUCUGUGUGGGCGGCACCUCCAUGGCUGUUGGUCUUCUGCUGUCUGCCUUUGCCAAAAGCUACUCCAAAGAGGAAUUGUAUCUACAGCAGAAAUUCAAGGAACGGUUGGCAGAUCUGCAUGCAACUGUUGGUACCCCAAUAAUGAGAGCACCAACCCCCGGAGAGGGAAAGGUGCCUGUCACUCUUUCCAAAGUGCAGAACAUUCAGCCAGUGACCACAAAGUCAGAGCCCUGAUCGAUGCCCAAAUGAAGGCAUAAAGAGAAGUUUGAAUGAAGAUUGAUCAGUGUGCAGACUGUGUGUGUGUGUGUGUGUGUCAAUCUACCUGAACAGUUUCUCUUUUUGAAAGGUCAAUGACUGAAAGUAUUGAUUCCUCAUCUUUAUUUUUUAUCUGACAUUUUAACUUGAGUUAGUGUAGCAGAACAAAGUUUUGUAGUCAUCAUUUGAAUGAAACUCAGUUCUCUUGCAGAGCAGGUGUAGCCUUACAAAGAAAACCAGAAAACAAAGCACAGAAGUAAAUUAGAAGGCAGCAUCCAUUUACAGCAUUGUGGUCAUUUCCAUUAGGCUUUUGUCUGUUUGGAAGAUUCACGUUUUUUUUGAAGCAGGAAGGUGUUGCUGGAGGUGAAGCGCACCAGACAAAUAGUUGUUUGAAGUCAAUGGUGAUGAUCAAAAUGAGCACUGACUACAUUUUCUCUGCCUCAAGUAAAAAUCAGAGGAUGAAUGUUUGGAUGUUUGACAAUCCUCAUUUGUGAGUUGUGCAUGCACUGUUCAGCUAAACUGUUCAUCCAAAGACUGACAAUGACAGCUGUGAAUUUCAAUGUGUUUAAAACUUGUAGAGUAGCCCUUUAUUGUUCGACUCUUUCUUUUUAGUGCAGUUUACAUGUGACAACAGGCUAGGAGUUCACAGUGUUCACAGUGUCAGAUCAGAUUAGACAUGAAAACAGAUUGGAGGAGAACCUAAUGGCAGAUUUCACACUGACAUUUUCUUCUGUCUUAUUAAGCCUCUGACCUUGUUUCCUUUAGUAAACAUUUAGUUGGAAUCAAUAGAUGAGACCAGACACAGAGAGGGAAUAAGCAGACAGGACAUGCAGAAAAGGAUAGUGUGGGAGAUUAUUUUCUAGACAUGACGAGCCAAUUAUCAUGCAAUCUGCUGUAUCCAUGACUAUUACCAGCUAUAGACACAUUCAGUUAGACACAUUCUCCUGCAUUUUAUUUUAUCUUUGAGACAAGAAUCCAUAUAUAUUCAUGCACAUUGUGUACCAUUGUGAAUUCAAAUGAGGUCACGAUUUAGUGCUACUUGUGAAAACCACAACAAAACAAGGGUGCAUCAAGAGAGACAAACACCCAACAACGUAACAGGUUGCAUAACAGGUGGAUGAUGAGAAAACUUACACCUGCUCUCUGAGAAGCAGUCUCACAAUAACCAGGCUGUCAGGAUCCAGAGAUGCUUAAUGACAUCCUUCCUGCUCUCACGGAGAAAACUUGGAGUUACAGAGGUGCACUCAGCUCAAUAUAACAAUGCAUAAUGCAUCUUAAUAGAUGAAAUAUGUCAUCAUUGGAGCAUUUAAGUCAGUAUUUGCUUUUGUGCUGUUUCUGAGGCAGUUUUUAUUUCAUCAAUCACAACAAAAAAUUGAUGUUCAUAUUUUGCUGCUUUUAUUAAAUGCAAUGUCUCCAUGUGUUAUGAAACUAUUUCUAGAUAAUCCUAACAUGUUUACUUGUGUUUCAUAUAGUUUUCUCUUUGUUUUAUCCAUUGCAUUAAUUAGAACAAUGUUACCAUAGAAGACGCUAUGUGCAAUAGAACCACAAGUCCUUCUUUCCCAUUAAUGCUGCAAACUAAGCCUCAUCAUCAGAUUAGAGCAGAGUCUGCAGGAUAUUUACUGUUGUAAAUGUUGCAUUGCUAUGCUGGCCACAUAUGUUUAUGUAAGAUGAUAUUUUAAUAUUUUUCUCAGAAACUCCAUCUUCCUGUCUUUUUCAUUUCAAUGAAAAAUAUUGUUGCUGUCAUUUUUUAAACCAUUUUA